AUGCAACCGACAACUCGGAAGACGGAACUCGGCGCUGGCCUCCUGGCGUGUCUGGCACUCGGCCUGCUAUCAGUCUCGCAAUACAUCGAGUCGCACGCCUCAAGAGCACGUCGAAUCGGGAUUCGCUCGCUCUUCGCCUUCACUGUCGUCGAGCCUAGGCGUCUGCACAAGCAUCGCUUCGUUGAUCUUUCUUCCUCUCGCAUCUCACAUCUGGCUGGUCCGACAUCACAAUUUCAGCCAACACGCAUGGCAUCAACAUCGGUACGACACGGUGCAUCGACACAGACUACCAGGCGGCAGACUCGACUGGGAUGUGACAAGCGCAGCACCACCAGCAUCGAGGGAGAUGUCGAGCCUGCAGGCUGUCGGAAAGGCCGAAAAAGUGUCACGCUACCAGACAAAGCCGGAAAUCUGUCACUACGCCGCCACAGAGACUGGCCGCUGUACAGCCGCUGCUGCUGCUCCAGCACCCCGCACUUUUGCCCGCUUAGUUGUCGGCGGCCUGUCCAGCCAGUUCGCAGCGUUGUGUUACAUACAUAUACCGCUCCUUCCUUCGUCACCAACUUCUGCAACAUCAACCUCCUCACCGUCACCCGCACCACCUCCGUAGCCGUGAUCAUGUCGAACGCACUUCGCAACGCUCUCCCCGCCCUGCGACGGGCAGCUGCCACCGCCGCUGUCCCCAAGCCUACUGCUGCCACCACCUCGGCCAUCCCCACCCGUUCCUACGGCACCACACCCGACACUGCUCCCGAGCAAUAUAAGAUGACCAAGUUCAGCAAGUUCGACUGGGAAGACCCCAUGCAGCUCUUCGAAUCGCAACUCUCCGAGGACGAGAAGGCCAUCUCUCAGACCGCGCACGACUUCUGUCAGGAAACUCUCAAGCCCAAGGUCGUAGACAUGUACCGCAACGAAACAUGGGAUCCUACCAUCCUGCCUUCGCUCGGAGAGCUCGGCCUGCUCGGCUCGACCAUCGAAGGGUAUGGAUGUGCAGGUGUCAACAGCGUGUCGUACGGACUCAUUGCGAGAGAGGUCGAGAAGGUAGAUUCGGGAUACAGGAGUAUCAUGUCGGUGCAGAGUUCCCUGGUCAUGGGCCCCAUCAACCAGUUCGGUACCGAGGCUCAGAAGGAAAAGUACUUGCCCCGACUUGCGAAGGGUGAACUCGUCGGCUGUUUCGGUUUGACCGAACCAAACCACGGUUCCGAUCCAAGCAGUAUGGAGACCACCGCCACCGACACAGGCGAUGGCCACAUCAUUUUGAACGGAAGCAAGACCUGGAUCUCCAAUUCCCCGCACGCAGACGUCUUCGUCAUCUGGGCAAAGUGCAAGUGGGACAACAAGAUCCGCGGCUUCAUCGUCGAGAAGGGCACCAAAGGUCUCUCCGCCCCUGCCAUCAAGAACAAGCUGCAGCUCCGCGCCUCCGUCACGGGAAGCAUCUUCAUGGAAGACGUAAAAGUCAAGCGCGACGAAUCGCUCCUCCCGCACGCACGACCUGGUCUCGGCUCACCGUUCGAAUGCCUCAACUCCGCCCGCUACGGCAUCUCGUGGGGAGCCAUGGGUGCGCUCGAAGCAUGCAUCGCCGAAGCCAGACAGUACGCCCUCGACCGUUCCCAAUUCGGUCGUCCCAUCGCCGGCUUCCAGCUUAUCCAGCAGAAACUCGCCGACGCUUCCACCGAAGCAGCUCUCGGUCUCAUGUGCAGUCUCCAGCUCGGCAGGAUGAAGGACAGCGGAGCUUGGUCUCCGGAGAUGGUCAGUCUGGCAAAGAGGAACAACUGCAACAAGGCGCUGCAACAGAGCAGAAGCCUGUUGGAUAUCUUUGGUGGAAACGCUACUAGCGACGAGUACCACACCGGUAGACACGUGCAGAACCUCCAGACCGUCAACACGUACGAGGGAAGUUACGGUAUUCACACUUUGAUCUUGGGUAAAGGUAUCACUGGAUUGCAGGCUUUUGCCAACUAA